GUCACCGGUGUUUUUAAUGUACACUGCGUUAUCUCCGGCACUCGACAAAGCGAGCCGUCCGUCAUGAUGCAAAACGUGCAUUAGACUGAUCCGUAAACAUCAUGUCUCGAAUUGUCUAGGGCCAGAAAAGUGAAACCGAUUCACUUGGGUUUUGGUUGCAGAAUGGAUCGGAUCGCACGGUUGAUAGUUUUUGUGGUGAUUUGCGUGUUGCCGGUAUGCCGCGGGAUCAACAUCCUAUGCCUGAUGGGCGUUCCCAGUCCCAGUCACCACAUCUGGAAUCGAGUGCUGAUGGAAGCGCUCGCCGCAAAGGGAUACAAUUUAACGAUUGUUUCACCGGAUAUCGAAACGACGGUGAAGCCGAAUUUGACCUACAUUCAUCUGGAGGAAACAUAUCACACAAUUCAUGACGGAGAUACGGCGAUCGAUUUCUACGAGCUGGCGCAGGAGGGUUUAGUGAAAAGCAUGGCCACGUUUUACCAAUACGGAUUUUCCCUGUGUGAAGGCGUUCUGAAAUCGAAAGGAUUAGAUGUUAUUUUAAAUUAUCCUGACAAUUUUAAGUUCGAUUUAGUGCUGUACGAUUUUACGUGUGGUCCCUGUUUGAUGGGUUUGUACUAUAAAUUCGGCCAGCCUCCGUUGAUUGGUGUAACGGCAUUUAACGUUCCACCUUAUAGUGUCGACUUCAUCGGAGGACAUAAAUAUCCCGCAUAUAUUCCGUACUACACAUUGCCCUACGAUGUAGACAUGAAUUUUUUUCAACGGCUGAAGAACGCGUUUAUCUACACGGUAGAUCACAUCUACCGCAAUUAUCACGUGACACCAACGACCGAUCGCAUGCUUCGGCGUAUUCCAGCGUUUAAAAAUAUGCCCUAUAUCGGAGACAUGGAUAGAAAAACGAUGCUGAUGCUUGUAAAUUCGCAUCAUUCGGUCGAUUUUCCGGAACCAGUUCCGCAGAACAUGAUUCUGGUAGGGGGCCUUCAAAUUAUUCCUGCCAAGCCACUGCCAGCGGAUAUCGAAAAGUUUAUGCAGCUUGGCCGAAAAGGAGCUAUUUUGUUCUCUCUGGGGACAAACGUGUUGAGUGCCGACUUAGGAGAGGAUCGUAUUCGUUCGUUCUUGGAUGCGUUCCGACAACUACCCGAGUAUAACUUUCUGUGGAAGUUCGAAGCAGAUCCGUCUGAAUAUGAUAUGCCCAAGAAUCUUAUGAUAAGAAAAUUUCUACCUCAGAAUGACAUCCUAGCACAUUCAAGUACGAAAUUAUUUAUAACCCAUGCUGGAUUGUUGAGUACCCAUGAAGCAACCUGGCACGGAGUUCCGAUGGUUGGAAUACCGUUCAUCGCAGAUCAAUAUCGGAAUCUGGAGAAAUCGUUGCGAGCCGGUGUGGCGGAAAGACUGAUUGUUUGGACCAUUACAACGGAUAAAAUCGUGCAAACCAUUCGUAAAGUACUGGACAAUCCAUCGUAUCGAGCAAACAUGCAGGAAAGAUCUGACCUAUUCCGUGAUCAACCGGAUAAACCGCUGGAUCGUGCCCUGUGGUGGAUAGAUUGGUCCCUAAGACAUCCGAAUGCGGAAACCAUUCGAUCUCCGACGGUCCGUUUGGGACGGAUAAGAAGUGAACUCUACGACGUCCUAUUGUUUGUGGUGGUUGUUGCCAUAAGCAUAGUGCUAUUGUUAAGGAAAUUUUACCAAUACGCUGUGUCCAAUCGGAAAACAUUGGACAAAAAGAAAAAACAAAAAGCCAUUAUGCAUUAUCCAUUAGCAACAUCAAAUCAUUCAGUUGCUUUUAUUGCCUCACUGAGAUUGUUAAUAGAAUUGUGGCCUUUAGACUACGAAAGGAUGCCUUGUAAUAAAAUUUUUAACAUCGCUGCUCUGUUAAUUCUACUGACAGCAACGUCAACUGCCGGCGGCGCAAAUAUUUUGGCUAUUUUAACCGUUCCCAGUCCCAGCCAUCACAUCUGGAAUCGCGUAUGGAUUGAGGCAUUGGUUGAUCGGGGACAUAAUUUAACCGUUAUCUCCCAGGAUGGUGACAAUUCGAGAACUAAUCUCACAUAUCUGAUUUUGGAAAAAGUUUACAGUAGCAUGCAGGAGAUGGAUGUAAAUUAUGUGGAAUUGUCUAAAGAAUCCCCUCUGAGUACAGUGUUCUAUUUUCUCAACUACUGGACUAGCUUGUGUCAUGCCAUGUUGGAGUCACAAGGGUUGGCAGUACUGGAGCGGUAUCCACACGAUUUUAAGUUUGACCUUGUGGUGUAUGACUUUGGUGGCGGACCGUGUCUCCUUCCUUUACUCCACAAGUUUAACUAUCCUCCGUUACUAUCGUUGACUGCCUUCAACAAUCCUCCCUUCUCCGUAGACGUUGUAGGCGGUCAUAAACAUUUCGCAUACACUCCCUAUUUUGCCCUCAACUACAAUUCCAGGAUGAACUUUUUGCAAAGGGCAUAUAAUACUUUUCUCUCCUUGCUUAGUUCAGGUUACCGAAAUCUUUAUGUGAUUCCAUUACUCGAUAGACUAGUACGUACUCAUUUCAACUACUCUAAUGUACCAUACCUGGGUGAUCUCGAACAGCGUACUCAGGUGAUGCUCGUUAACACCAAUCCGGUGUUGGACCCUCUGGAACCUCUUCCGCCGAACCUUAUUGCUGUUGGGGGACUCCACAUCAAGGAUCCCGAGCCUCUCUCCCCAGGAUUAGAACAAUUUAUCACCAACGCCACACAAGGAGCAGUUCUGUUUUCGCUCGGCUCCAACGUUCGUAGCGAUAAAAUUGGUGAGGAACGUCAAAGAAUGUUUAUCGAAGCUUUCCGACAAAUACCCCAAUACAGUUUCCUAUGGAAAUUUGAAUCCGAACUCGCUUUCGAUCUUCCUCCCAACGUAAUAAUCAAACGGUGGUUGCCGCAAAAUAGCAUAUUAGCCCAUUCAGGUGUCAAAGCAUUUAUCACACAUUCGGGAACGUUGAGCACUCAAGAAGCAUCGUGGUUCGGCGUACCGUUGAUUGGCAUGCCCUUCUUCUUGGACCAACAUAGGACUUGUCAACAAUCCGUGACCGCAGGAGUUGCAGAAGCUCUUGAUUUCCAAUCGCUGUCUGUGGAGAAAAUUCGAAACACAGUGCUAAACGUUCUGCAGACAACGAAGUACCGAGAAAAUAUGGAACGGAGAUCCAAGCUUUUGCGCGAUCAACCGGAAAAACCACUGAACCGUGCAAUCUGGUGGAUGGAAUACACUAUUCGAAAUCCAGACAUGAACCAUUUGAAGUCGCCCACCCUGGAACUCGGCACUAUCCGUUCGAAUCUGCUGGAUGUUUAUGCGCUCUUCAUUGGAAUCGCUUUAGCUGCCUAUAUGGUUAUAAAAAGUGCAUUGAAAAAGUAUUUCUUUGCGCGCAAAUUGAAGAAGUCAAUUAUUAGCAGAAUUGUAGCUUUCGUAGGAUCAAAUGGACAAAUGAUGCAUUCAAAUUCAAUUUUAACCACUACUGCAGUGUGGAUUCUACUGACGGUGACAUCAACUACAAAUGGAGCAAAUAUUCUGGCUAUUUUAACCGUUCCCAGUCCUAGCCAUCACAUCUGGAAUCGCGUAUGGAUUGAAGCAUUGGUUGACCGUGGACAUAAUUUAACGGUUAUCUCACCGGGUGGUGACAAUUCGAGAAGCCAUCUUACGUAUUUGGAUUUGGAAAAAGUUUACAGUAGCAUGGCGCUGAUGGAGAUGAAUUAUGAGAAACUUACUGAUGAGUCCACUGUAAGUACAGUGUUCUCUUUUCUCAACUACUACGCUAGCGUGUGUCAUGCAAUGCUGGAGUCGCAUGGGUUGGCAGUAUUGGAGCGGUAUCCACGCGACAUAAAGUUUGACCUCGUGGUGUAUGACUUUGCUUGUGGACCGUGUCUCCUUCCUUUACUUCACAGGUUUAACUAUCCUCCGUUACUAUCGUUAACUCCCUUCAGCAACCCUCCCUAUUCUGUGGACGUCGUGGGCGGUCAUAAACAUUUUGCCUACACUCCCUAUUUUGCCCUCAACUACAGUUCCAGAAUGAAUUUUUGGCAAAGGGCCUAUAACACCUUUCUCUCGUUACUCAAUUCAGCUUACCGAAACCUGUACGUAGUACCAUUAGUUGAUAAACUCUCACGUUCUCAUUUCUACUACCCAGACAUGCCAUAUCUGGGCGAUCUCGAACAACGUACUCAGGUGAUGCUCGUUAACACCAAUCCAGUACUGGACCCUCUGGAACCUCUUCCGCCGAAUGUUAUUACUGUUGGGGGACUCCACAUCAAGGAUCCCGAACCUCUUCCCUCAGGCUUAGAACAAUUCAUCACCAACGCCACAAAAGGGGCAGUACUGUUUUCGCUCGGCUCCAACUUUCGUAGUGAUAAAAUUGGCGAAGAACGCCAAAGAAUGUUUAUCGAAGCAUUCCGACAAAUGCCGCAAUAUCAUUUCCUGUGGAAAUUCGAAUCCGAACUCGAUCUCGGCCUUCCUCCUAACGUAAUAAUCAAACCCUGGAUGCCACAACAUAGCAUAUUAGCUCAUCCGAAUGUCAAAGCAUUCAUAACACACGCGGGUUUAUUGAGCACUCAAGAAGCAUCGUGGUUCGGCGUACCAUUGAUAGCCAUGCCCUUCUUCAUGGAUCAACGAAUGACCAGCCAACAAUCAGUAGCCGCCGGAGUCGCAGAGGCACUUGAUUUCCAAUCGCUGUCUGUGGAGAAAAUUCGAAACACAGUGCUGAAAGUUCUGGAGACACCCAGGUACCGAGAGAAUAUGAAACGAAGAUCUAAGUUUUUCCGUGAUCAACCGGAGAAGCCAUUGAACCGUGCAAUUUGGUGGAUGGAAUACGUUAUUCGGAAUCCAGACAUGAACUAUUUGAAGUCACCCACCCUGGAACUGGGAACUAUCCGUUCAAAUUUGCUAGAUGUAUAUGCGCUCUUCAGUGGAAUAGCCUUAGCCGUCUAUAUGGUUAUAAAAAGUGAAUUAAAAAAGUGUUUCUUUGCACGAAGGAUGAAGAAGAAGGAUGCCCGAAGGUUGAAGAAAGAUUAA